AAUAAACCCAAAAUUUCAAAUUUUUUGAACGAGAAAAAAUAAUUAGAAAAAAUAAAUUGAAAAUCAUUGAAUGAGAUGGCGUGCAUUUUUAAUUACCCCUCACUCAUUUAUGACAAAAUUACUGCAUUUGCCACUCACCCCAAGAACAUGACUUCUCACCUCUGUUUGAACCCUCCUCCUGUAUGUAUAGUGUAUGUAUAGGUGGGGGAGCACAGAAUCUUCACUAAAAUACAAUCUUUUCUUUGUGGGUCUUCCGAAAUUCUCGCUUCCCUUUGAAUUUUUUAUUUUUUUUUCUUGUGAUUUUCAACGGCGAGCAGACAACGUAGCUGUAGGGUUCUUCCUCAAUCCACAGGUGAAUUAUCCAAUGCACUGCGUUUCGCAGUAAAAAAAAUUCGAUUUCGUUUAGUCGAAAAGAAGUGAUGGAUGGGCGACGCCAUUCGAUCGAUAUUCCGAUAUCGAGAACGCUGAUUGCUUUAAGGAGAGUGAGGUCUUUGAGGGAUCCAUCGACAAACUCGUUGAGCAAAUUAUCUUCCUUUGUCGAUAAUUUGAAUUGGGAAACAAAUUCCAACAAUGCAAUCACUCUAGACCUCGAAGACGACGUUUACGAUGUUUCAAAGUGGCGAAACUCAACGUUGUUCAAUGAGGAGAAAGAGAUGGAGCAAUGCCUGAGCGGCCACGAAUUGUAUUACGGUUCGAGAAAUUCUAACUCGAGGCUAGUGUCUCCUUUAACCUUAGCAAGUCAGAGGUUAUUAUUACCGUUCGAAGGCUCUGGUGAGAUUGUGUGCGAGAACAAAGCACCGAGUGAAGACGAACAAGGACAUGAAUUCACGUGUGCGACGUAUUCGUGUGACGAUGUCGAAUACGAGAGUUCUUGUAAUGAGAAGAGACAAAACGGUGUCUCGAAAUGCAAAAGCUGGCAUAGAAAGCUCGAUGGAUUAUCCAAUAGCGAAGCAGCCCCAAAGGAAAGGUCUUUAUACAGAAACGAAGAUGUCGGCUUUAUGGAUUCUUGUCAUCAAGGGUGUGGUAUAAGCAAUUGCUGGUCAAGAAAUCGGAAAUUUAGGGAUUCGAAGCUAUUUCCUAAUGUCGAAGAACGACCCCUUUUGUUGCUAGAUCAAGAAAACAAUAUCGAAGGGGUUGGUCCGUUUACGGAAAGUUCUAGAAGUUUCUGUCAAAAGUACAUGCCGAAAUCGUUCGGUGAGUUAGUUGGGCAAAACACAGUAGCAACUUCUUUACUGAAUGCAAUCUCUACUAAGCGAAUAGCUUCGUUGUAUAUCUUCCAUGGCCCACGUGGGACCGGAAAAACAUCAGCUUCUAGAAUAUUCUCGGCCGCGUUAAAUUGUCUCUCGAUCGAAAUUUCAAGAAAGCCGUGUGGGUUAUGCCAAGAAUGUUCGUUGUUCUUCUCCGGAAAGAGCAGUGAUGUGAGGGAGGUGGAUUCGGUGAGGAUUAAUAAAACGGAGAAAUGUCGAUCGCUGAUCAAGAGUGCGAGCGUGCCUCCGGUUUUUGCGAGGUUUAAGGUUUAUGUAAUAGACGAGUGCCACCUGUUGCAUAGGGAAACGUGGGCGGCUAUAUUGAGCUGUUUGGAGGAGCUUCCGCCGCACGUCGUUUUCGUAAUGGUGGCUCCGAAUCUUGAUAGGGUUCCUCGUAGUGCUGUUUCGAAUUCUCAGACGUAUCUUUUUCAGAAAGUUAAACAGGUCGACAUAAGUGGGAAGUUGGAGAAGAUAUGUGUCGAAGAAGGGGUUGACUUUGACCGGGAUGCGUUGGACUUUGUGGCGAGCAAGUCUAAUGGUUCGAUUCGUGACGCGGAAAUGAUGCUCGAUCAGCUUAGUUUGCUUGGAAAAAAGAUUACUGUGCCGUUGGUUUAUGAAGUAAAUGGAGUUGUAUCUGAUGAUGAAUUGCUCGAUUUAUUGUAUCUAGCAUUGUCUUCCGAUGCUUCAAAUACAGUUAAAAAGGCGAGAGAACUAUUAAGAUCAAGAAUCGAUCCUAUGCAGCUUAUAUCACAGCUGGCGAAUUUAAUAAUGGACAUUCUUGCUGGAAAAUUUCCCGAGGGUGUUUCCGAGGUCAAAAGGAAGCUUUUCGGAACAGAUAAUUGUGAAACCGACAUGCAGCAACUGAGCAACGCGCUGAAAAUACUUUCGCAGACGGAGAAACAAUUGAGAACGUCGAAAAAUCAAACGACGUGGUUGACUGUAGCUCUUCUCCAGCUCAGCUCGACGGGCUCUUCGCUCGACGAGAGCAAUGCUAGGCUAAGUACGAGAACAUUAAAUCCGCAAGAUGGUGAUUUUCCGAGCACAUCUUCGACCGGUGAUAGUUUGAAGAACCCCGUCGAAUGUGAGAAAAUCGGAACGCAUGACGAUAGGGAAACUUUGGAGUUGGUUUGGAUAAGAGCUAUUGCAAUGUGCAAAUCGAGUUCUCUCAAGAAGUUUCUCGUAAAACGGGGAAAAUUGGUUUCAAUUCUUCUUACCGAAGAAGCUAAUAUAGCGGUAGCUGAAUUGGAGUUCGAUAAUCCGGAUUACGUAUCGAAAGCUGAAAAAUCGUGGAAAUUGAUUGCGGGUGCACUUCAAUGUUUGCUCGGUUACAAUGUGGAAUUGAGAAUAAAUCUUAGAUAUAAUAACGACUCGGAUAAGAAAACCGGGAAGUAUUUGAAGAAGUCGUAUUUCGGAUUAUUUAAUUGCUCAAGAAGAGUGCAUCUGAGGUCACAAUUCUCUACAACAGAGUGUACGAGUAAUGCUUCGGAAAAUUCGAGUACUCCUACAAGAACUGCGACGAGGGGUAAAAACGUCGAAACACGUGGUUCGGAGUGUGGGUCCCACACUCCGCGUAUGUGUUGCCAUGGGAAAGUGAUGUUGAAGACCAUACGAAGCAACGAUGGAAAUGCUUUGAGCAUUGGAGCUCAUUCAUUGGAAGAAAACCGAAUCGAUAAACGAGGUCCAAAUUCAAUUGCCCACGAGCCUGAAAUUAGUAAACCUUGUUUAAAGGAGCGCUCGAAGUUUCAUUGUUGGAGGAGUGCGAUGUUUCCUUUCCGGAAGGCGUGGCAAAUGAGGCAUCAGGGUCGAAGCGAACGAUUGGUCGAUUACGCGUUACAUUGUGGUGCUGCAAAUUAGAAUAUCAGAACUAUGGCUACAUAUAUAUAAUAUAAAUAUAGAGAUAUAUUGUAUGAUUUAUCUUAUUUUGUUCUUACAACAUAAUCUGGCAAGAAAAUGCUGAUAUUUUGUUACUAAUUAUUGGGGUAUGAAUAUGAUGAAUAGAAAGUAUUUUCUCUUAGUAAAAUUCAUGCAAGUGUUUUCUUUUU